GAGUACAAAAAAAUUAAUUUUCAUGUCAAAGACAAAAAUAUAUUUAUAUGAGAGAAAAAGUCUAAGCGGUAUGCAUACCACUGAUGUAAUGAUCAUCAGAAUGGAAUUUUGAGUAAUAGUUGUGGAAUUCUAGUGACCGAUGCACGCAUGCAGUGAGAGAAUUGGCCAAUAAUAUUGAUCUGUAUCACCUAUGAAUACCUUAUCUCUUUGCUCAACUACCAUGUAACAGAAACAAACUAUUCGCCUUCUUGUCUUGCUGUAUUCUACACUUAUGGCAUCUCAGCUUCACAAAACUUUGUUUUGUGCCACUUUGCUGCUGCUGCUGCUAUUGCUUCCCCGUGUUCCUCUUAUCAAAGCUUCACUCGGAUCCCAAGGGAGGGCGUUGCUCCACUGGAAAGCCACUCUUCGGAGUCGUCAUUCCCUGAGAUCUUGGAACCUCAAUUCUGGUCCUUGCAAUUGGACCGGAAUUACUUGCAAUUACCCCGUCGCAGGUAUAAGGCAUUCGACGAUCACCGAGAUAUCCCUGCCGAGCAUGGGCUUGGCAGGGCCACUUGAUGCUCUUGACUUUUCGACUUUGGGAUCGCUCCUCCGUCUCAAUCUCUCCUACAAUCAGUUCGGUGGGGUAAUUCCUUCAACCAUCUCUGCUCUCUCCAGGCUCGUAUCUCUUGAUCUCACCAGUAAUCAGUUCACAAGCAAAAUCCCAGUUGGGAUAGGCUCCAUGAAAGAGCUUCGAUUCUUAAGUCUUAGCCAGAAUCAAAUGGUUGGUGCUAUACCUACAUCUCUUAGCAACCUCACCGGCCUUGUGUCCUUGCACUUGGAAGAUAAUAAGCUUGUGGGUGUCAUUCCUGAGGAGUUAGGGAGGCUCUACGAAUUGAUGUAUCUAGAUAUUGCGAUCAAUAGGCUAUCUGGUUCAAUCCCUUCUAUUCUAGGAAAUUUGACAAAGCUCUACCACUUGAAUCUCUACCAAAAUCAAUUGAUUGGAGUCAUCCCUCGAGAAUUGAAAAAUCUAGUUAAUCUUGUUUACUUAUCAAUCGGCGAUAAUAAUCUAACAGGUGGAGUUCUCUCUUCUUUUGGAAACCUAAGCAAGCUACAACUAUUUUCACUAUGGAGAAAUAAGUUCUCAGGUCCUGUCCCUUUUGAGAUUGGAAACCUCAUUGAGGUUACCAAUCUCGACUUCUCGGAAAAUAUAUUAACCAAUUCAAUUCCUUUUUCUAUAGGAAACAUGACUAGAUUAGAAAAACUUGACCUUUGGGAUAAUCAAUUGUCUGGUUUUAUUCCUCUUGAGAUUGGAAAUCUAAUUAAAGUCACUAAUCUCUUACUCUCAGGAAACCAUUUGACUGGUCCCAUCCCUUCCUCAAUAAGAAAUAUGACCAGAUUAAAGAUUAUUUAUCUUUGGGAUAAUCAAUUGUCUGGUUUUAUUCCUUUUGAGAUUGGGAAUCUAAUUGAAGUGACUGAUCUAUUACUCUUCAAUAACCUAUUGUCAGGUUCCAUCCCUUCCUCUAUGGGAAACAUGACCAAAUUAAAGAUCCUUUAUCUUUGGGAUAAUCAAUUGUCUGGUUUUAUUCCUCUUGAGAUUGGAUAUCUAAUUGAAGUUACUGAUCUCGCACUCUCAGAAAAUCAAUUAUCAGGUCCCAUCCAUUCCUCUAUAGGAAACAUGACCAAAAUUAAAAAUCUAAGUGUAUUCGAUAAUCAGUUGUCUGGACCUUUGCCUAUGGAAAUCAACAAUAUUACUGGACUGACUUAUCUCCAAUUGGGAAAUAAUAACUUUGUCGGUUAUGUACCACCAAACAUUUGCAAAGGUAGAGCCCUAAAUCACCUCACUCUUCAUAAGAACAACUUCCAAGGUCCCAUUCCUACGACCUUGAAAAACUGCACGACACUAGAAAGGGUUCGUCUUGAGCAUAAUCAGCUCACCGGGGAUGUAUCUCAAUGUCUUGGAGUGUAUCCCCAUCUUUAUUAUAUGGAUUUGAGCUUCAAUCAACUCUCCGGUACACUCUCACCAGACUGGGCAAGAUGGCACAAUCUGACGCUCCUCAGAAUCUCAAAUAACAACAUCACCGGAGUCAUACCCACCGAGUUUGGGCAGUUGACUAAACUGGGAGAGCUCGACCUCUCUUCCAACGACCUACAAGGAGAGAUCCCACAGAGCUUCGGCAGCUUAACCCUUCUCUACAAUCUGAGUUUGGGCAACAACCAACUCGUCGGCCAUGUGCCUCCGGAGUUUGGAAUGCUGUCCAAUCUUGAACUGCUUGAUCUCUCAUCCAACAACUUGGCAGGAAGAAUCCCAGAUCAAUUAGGCAACUGCACGAAACUCCGAUCGUUGAAGCUUAACAACAAUAACUUCAGUGGAACCAUUCCUUUGGCCAUUGGUAAUCUGGUGUACCUCCAAGUCACCUUUGACAUCAGCCAGAACUCACUAAAAGGGGAGAUUCCAUUCCAACUCAGCAAAUUGGUGAUGCUGCAAAGCCUGAAUCUAUCGCAUAAUUACUUGUUGGGUCAUCUUCCAUCUUCCCUAACGUAUAUGACGAGCUUGUCUACCGUAGAUGUAUCCUACAAUGAACUGGACGGCCCUGUUCCUGAUAGCCCAGCUUUCCGAAGAGCCCCGGCAGAGUGGUUUGCCCAUAACAAUGAUCUGUGUGGAGUUGUUCAAGGAUUGCCUCCAUGUGUUUCACCCGGUACUCCAACAACAGACGACCGAAGCAAGCGCCACAAAAUUGUUAUAGGAGCCAUCAUUGCUUCUGGGGUCUUCUUCCUUCUCUUGUUUUUAUUCAUUGGAGCAUUCCGCAAGAGAGAAAAAUAUACAGUACCUGUGGAUACUAAUCACGUCAAAGAAGGUGCAUUCUGUAUAUUGAAUUUUGUUGGAAGAGACGUAUUCAAGGACAUCAUCGAAGCCACCGAAGAUUUCGAUGCCAAGUACUGUAUCGGAAGCGGUGCAUACGGCAGUGUCUACAGAGCAGAGUUAGCAAGUGGGGAACUGCUAGCGGUGAAGAAGAUUCAUCUACCAGACACUGAAGGUACAUGCGACGAGCAACCCUUUCAAACUGAGAUACAAACUCUUACUCAAAUUCGACAUCGCAAUAUCGUCAAGCUUUACGGGUUCUGCUCCUCUCCCCGACGCAAAUUUCUGGUGUACGAGUACAUGGAGAGAGGAAGUCUGGGAUCUGUCCUCCGAAGCGAGACGGCAGCUGAAUUGGACUGGGUGAAGAGGGUGAGCAUCGUGAAGGAUGUCGCCUGUGCUUUAUCCUACAUGCAUCAUGACUGCACACCACCCAUCGUUCAUCGGGAUAUCACAAGCAACAACAUUCUACUUGAUUCCGAAUUCAAGGCUUGUGUUUCCGACUUUGGAAUUGCUCGUCUACUGAAUCCGGAUUCAUCAAAUUGGACCAUGCUUGCAGGCACACGGGGUUACUUAGCACCAGAGCUUGCUUACACAAUGAGAGCAACCACCAAAUGUGAUGUGUACAGCUUUGGUGUGGUCACGCUUGAGUUGCUAGUAGGAGCAUAUGGAGAAGAACUCAUCUCCAUUCUGUCAUCUCCGUCUGGUAACAAUGUCUUCGUGAAAGAUGCAUUAGACCAACGUCUAUCACUUCCUGUGGCUCGAGUUGCAGAUGAAGUAAUUGCAGUCUUAACAGCGGCACUAAGUUGUGCCAACAAUAGCCCAGAAUCGCGCCCAGCGAUGAAGCAAGUCUAUGAAAAUAUAUGUUCUGUCAAGACACCACAGAGCUGUGGAUCUCUUGAUGCGCUGAGGCUUUCCGACUUGAUGAAUGCAGACAUACUUCACAAAACUUUGCUACUGCUGCUCUUGCUUCCCCGUGCUCCUCUUGUUAAAGCUUCACUCGGAUCCCAAGGGAGGGCGUUGCUCCACUGGAAAGCCACUCUCAGGAGUCGUCAAUCCCUGAGAUCUUGGAACCUCAAUUCUAGUCCGUGCAAUUGGACUGGAGUUGCAUGCAAUUACCCCGUCACAGGUAGAGGGCGUUUGGCGAUCACCGAGAUACACCUGCCGAAGAUGGGCUUGGCAGGGUCACUUGAUGCUCUUGACUUCUUGACAUUGAGAUCACUCGUUCGUCUCAAUCUCUCCUAUAAUCAGCUCGGUGGAGCAAUUCCUCCGGCCAUCUCAGUUCUCUCCAGGCUUGUAUCUCUUGAUCUCGCUAGUAAUCAAUUCACAAGCAAAAUCCCAGUUAGGAUGGGCUCCAUGAAGGAGCUCCGAUUCUUGAGUCUUAGCCAAAAUCAAUUGAUUGGUGCUAUACCUCCAUCUCUGAGCAAUCUCACCAGCCUUGUGCAUUUGCACCUGUAUGAUAGUAUGCUUGUGGGUGUCAUUCCAAAGGAGUUAGGGAAGCUCCAUGAGUUGAUGGAUUUGGAUAUUGGGAUUAAUAGACUAUCUGGUUCAAUCCCUUCUAGUCUAGGAAAUUUGACAAAGCUUCAACGCUUAGGUUUUUACAAAAAUCAGCUCUCGGGUCUUAUUCCUGAUGAGAUUGGAAAUCUCAUUGAGCAUUUGCAAAGGUGGAGCCCUAAAGUACCUCACUCUAACAACUUCCAAGGUCCCAUUCCCACGACCUUGAAAAAUUGUACGACACUAGAAAGGGUUCGUCUUGAGCAUAACCAGCUCACUGGAGAUGUAUCCCAAUAUCUUGGAGUGUAUCCCCAUCUUUAUUAUAUAGAUUUGAGCUUCAAUCUACUCUCCGGUACACUCUCACCAGAUUGGGCAAAAUGGCACAAUCUGACGCUCUUGAGAAUCUCAAAUAACAACAUCACCGGAGUCAUACCCUCCGAGUUUGGGCAGUUGACGAAACUGCGAGAGCUGGACCUCUCUUCCAACUACCUACAAGGAGAGAUCCCAAAGAGCUUCGGCAGCUUAACCCUUCUCUAUAAUCUGAGCUUGAGCAACAACCAACUCGUCGGCCAUGUGCCUCCGGAGAUUGGAAUGCUGUCCAAUCUUGAACUGCUUGAUCUCUCAUCCAACAACUUGGCAGGAAGAAUCCCCGAUCAAUUAGGCGACUGCAUGAAACUCCGAUCGUUGAUGCUUAACAACAACAACUUCAGUGGAACCAUUCCAUUGGCCAUUGGGAAUCUGGUGGUCCUUCAAGACACCUUUGACGUCAGCCACAACUCACUAACAGGGGAGAUUCCAUCCCAACUCAGCAAAUUGGUGAUGCUGCAAAGCCUGAAUCUAUCGCAUAAUUCCUUGUCGGGUCAUCUUCCUUCUUCGCUAACGUAUAUGACGAGCUUGUCUACCGUAGAUGUAUCCUACAAUGAACUGGACGGCCCUGUUCCUGAUAGCCCAGCUUUCCGAAGAGCCCCGGCAGAGUGGUUUGCCUAUAACAAUGAUCUGUGUGGAGUUGUUCGAGGAUUGCCUCCGUGUGUUUCACACGGUACUCCAACAAAAGAUGACCGAAGCAAGCGCCACAAAGUGGUUGUAAUAGCCAUCAUUGCUUCCGUCGUCUUCUUCCUUCUCUUGUUUAUAUUCAUUGCAGCUGCUUUACGAUUCCACAAGAGAAAGAAGCCGCCAGUACCUGUCGAUGAUAAUCACAUCAAAGAAGGUGCAUUCUCUAUAUUGAAUUUUGAUGGAAGAGAUGUAUACAAGGACAUCAUCGAAGCCACCGAAGAUUUCGAUGCCAAAUACUGUAUCGGAAGCGGUGCAUACGGCAGUGUCUACAGAGCAGAGUUAGCAAGUGGGGAACUGCUAGCGGUGAAGAUGAUUCACCUACCAGACACUGAAGGUACAUGCGACGAGCAACCCUUUCAAACUGAGAUACAAACUCUUACUCAAAUUCGACAUCGCAAUAUCGUCAAGCUUUACGGGUUCUGCUCCUCUCCCCAGCGCAAAUUUCUGGUGUACGAGUACAUGGAGAGAGGAAGUCUGGGAUCUGUCCUCAGAAGCGAAACUGCAGCUGAAUUGGACUGGGGGAUGAGAGUGAACAUCGUGAAAGAUGUUGCUCGUGCUCUGUUCUACAUGCAUCACGAUUGUGUUCCGCCUAUCGUUCAUCGGGAUGUUACCAGCAACAACAUCCUACUUGAUUCGAAUUCAAGGCUUGUGUUUCCGACUUUGGAAUUGCUCGACUACUGAAUCCGGAUUCAUCAAAUUGGACCAUGCUUGCAGGCACACGGGGUUACUUGGCACCAGAGCUUGCAUAUACAAUGAGAGUGACCACCCAAUGCGACGCGUACAGUUUCGGAGUGGUGACGCUGGAGUUGCUAAUAGGAGAAUAUGGAGAAAUACUUAUUUCCAUUCUGUCGUCUUCACCGAUCAAUGAUAGCUUCGUGAAAGACGUAUUGGACCGACGUCUAGCUGUUCCUGAGGGUCAAGUUGCGGAUGAAGUGGUUACAGUUUUGAGCUUGGCUCUUCGUAGCGUGGACAACCACCCUGAAUCACGCCCGACAAUGAAACAGGUCUCCGAGAAGUUAUGCGUGGUCAGAACACCCCCACCAAGCCUACGAUCUAUUGAUGCAUUGAAGUUUUCCGAUUUGAUGACCGUGGAGAUAUGAUCUAUAUGCACUCCUCUGUGUCCCGUUGCUUAUUUUGGUCAGGAUUGGGAGACUUUGUUUCCGUAUGGCUUGCUUUAUUAGUGGUUUCAUUCUGCAGCGUGUUUAAUAAAAGCAUCGGUUGGUAAUCGAUCUCUUUUCUGCGAUUAUUUUCGACUGGGUUGUAA